GCUGAGCCCCGGGGGUCACUCGGCUGUUCCUCGGCCCCCGACGCGCUCCUGUCCGUCGGAGGCGACGUUGCGGAGCUCUUUCGGCCCGCGGAGAAAUGGCAGCGGGAGCUCCGGGGCUGAAACCCGGCCUCGGCGGCGGCUGAGGGACGCAAACCCCUCGCUUCGCCCGCCCCGUUUGAGGAGCGGAUGGGCCCGUAGAUGGGAAGUCGAUGGACGGAGGUCUCCCCCCCCCAUCAUUAGGGUCGACCUCAUCGGGAAGACCGGCGUUUUUUUUGGGGGGGGAGGGGAGAUAAUUGGUCUCGUCCUCGCACCCGUGUCUUUUUCCCGCUUCACGUUUGUGAUCUGGGAGCACGAACUGGGCAAGGCGGGCAAAGGGACGCCGGGCGCAGGCUGGAAAAUCCCCGAAGGGACCCCCUUCAGUUGCAUGGGGAGGGGGAGACCCUGCUCUUGUCAGUGUCAUCCCUCCAUCGGCUUAUAUAAGUGUGUGUGUGUAAAUGGAAGUCUUCACUGGUCAGGGGAGGGAGGCUGGGCAUAGACUGGCCCUGGAAAGUCCCCUCGGAGUCCUUGCGGGACCCCUCCCUUUCCUCGCCGAGCGAUUGUGCAAUUGUGUAUGCUGCGUGCAAGUGGAGGGGAAUGGAAAUCCUCUGAGGGAUGUGCGAUUAAACCAAGGGAAAGCUGGUCUGUCAGGUUUUUAUUUUUUUGGGUCUGUCUGGGGCUGGAGUACAGAAACAGUGUCCUCUUCUCUCCCCUCACGCCUCUCCCCAAACAAAAUAAUUAAUCCAUUUGAAUAUUUGCGGGAUACACGAGUCGUGGUGGUGCUGGGGGGAGACAUCGGAAGGAAUUGCCUACAAAGCGCAAAAGGGAAUCUGAAAAAACUGUACUAGAAAGUCGUCCCCUCCCCACCCCCACCCCCCGCCAUCCGUGCUGGCUCGGCUUUGUUGAUGGUUCUGGGAGGUGGGGGGAUGUGUGGGGUAAGCGAGGCCAUCGCCGCCGCUGCCUGGAAGGGAGGCAGCUCCAUCCGCGCGUCCCCUGUCAGUUGGGAUGGCUCUGCUGGCCUUUCUGCCCUCCCCCGCAAGCCUUUACUUUCAGUUUCUGGUGUCGAGGUUGCCUCCCUUUCCCGGAUAAGACUUGCAUAUGCACAUCCUUGGUGGAGCGUCGGUUAAGGCGGCUUCUGUUAUCAGAGGGGCGCUUUCCUUCGUGGCUGUGAAAUAUAGAUAUUCCCCCAUCUCUCUCCCUCUCCCUCUCUCCUUAAACAAAACAAAACAACCUUGUACCCGCGUGGCUUACAAAUAUUUUCCACGUCUACGAAGAACGGAUGUGGAGCACUGGCCUCUGCACGUGACGGUAUUUUAUGGGAGGAGCUGUUGUAAAUAUGUCCUGACAUGUUCUCUUAGCUGUUUGAUAGAGGUUCUUUAUUAGUCGAGUAGUUCGAUGAAGCGAUGGCUUGCCUUUGUUGUUGUUGUUGGUGGUGGUCAUGGGACUUCUUCUAAACGACCUAGUACUGUACUGGUAACUAAAAGGAACCCAUAGUCCUUAGUUUCUGGAAGGAGGUGGGAGAUUAACACCUCAUAUGGUUGCAACUCUUUUCAGCUGUCAUUAUUUUGUGGGACUUGUUUCCUGGAAGUACUUACUCAUAUCCACAUGUUGCUGAAGUAAAUUGUAAAAGAUUGAGACGAGAAAUCAUAAUGAAAAUGGACCUCUGUAUUGUAUGUUUAAAUUAUAUUUUAAAGAGAAUGGAAAGAAUAUUUUUGAACUAGAUGUAAGAAGACAAGAGACUUGUAUUUCAAAGUAAUUAUUAGUUGUUUAGCAUGCAGGCUGUGCAAGAGAUGUAUCAGCUAUAGCAUAUGGACACACAAAUACUUAGUGUUAAAUGUCAUGAUAGUUGUAUUUGUGGUGUUGACAAUAGAGAUCAAUGGCAUUGAUCUCUAUUAUUUUAAUUUUUCAAGUGCUACUGGAAUAUUUGGAUGGAACAAAAUGCAUCUGGCUCUUAAGGAUAUUCUGCAAAAUUAUGUGUCAGCAUGUGUAUAAAACUAUUGGUGAGGCUGAUUUAUCAAGCAAUUAGAGCAAUUUUAAAAGAAACUUUUAAGUCCAAUUUUCUUGUCCUUGUUGAUGUGAUUCACAUGUUUUCAUCUUUUUCUGUUGCUCUUGUGUUUGUAUCAGUAUAUGCUGUUUUGUAAAAUUAUUAUUAUUAGUUAAAACAAACCAUUAUGCACAUUAUCUUUUAUACCUUGGGCAGAAAUGAACCAUAAAUUGAGUGUUAGAUCCAGACUUACACUUGGGUCCCAACAAAAUCACUUAGUCACAGUAUAAUUGUAUUGAAAUCAAUGGAAUUUGAAUGUAACCCAGCUUUGAUACAGGAGUGGGACCCUCCUGUCUUGGGGAGCCUUCUCUCCCCACUUCUUGGGACUCUCCCUAGGUCAUGCCUCUGACUGGCCCUCCCCAACUGCUUUACUUGAUCGGAAUGUGUCCUUGAACUGUGAGGAUCCUUCUUGCUUGUUUAGACGGGGUUGGAGAGAAAAGUUUAUAGAAACCACUGACUUUUGUGCAGCUUGAAUGCAGCUUAGUGUAAGGGUUGCAUCUGUUAUGUUACCCAUUCCCCACCCCCACCCAUGCAAGUUUGUCCACAGGGAAAAGAGCCCCACUCUUGCUUCCGUAGAUACCAGCUGAAAUGAUAACUUUUUCAUCCCAACCGCAACUGCUAAUAGGUGUGUGCAUGUACAUAUAAUCUUUACAGAGAGCAGGACAAGAAUUCUAUCUUUCUCCUGCUUCCUGAUCUAUAUGGCUUUUGAUACCAUUGGCCAUGGUACCCUGCUGGACUGGCUCUGUGGAAUGGGAACUGGGGGGUGGGGUGGGGUUUACGGUGACACUGUAUUACUGUGAUUCUGGUCCAACCUUCAGGGCAACAUACUGGGAGAGUGCUUUUCAGCCACUUGAGAGUUACACUAUGAGGUGCCACAACCCUAUUCUGUCUCCAGCACUGCUUAAUGUCUGCAUGAACCUGUUGCAAGCGGUCAUUGGAGGUUUUGGCCAAGGUACCAUCAGUAUGUUGAUAAUACUAAUCUCUGUUUCUCUAUAACACCUGAAUCUAGAAAGGCUUAGUGGGCCCUGGACUGGUGCCUGGAUGCAGUGGUGGGAAGUAUGAGGGGAAUUAAAUAGAGCUUGACUCCAAGCAAGACAGAGGUAUUGGUUGAGUGGCUCCUGUGUCUGAGAAAUCGAACACUUGACUGCCCUUGACAGGGUUGCACCCCCCCCCUGAGGGAGCAGAUACUGUUUGGGGGUGUUUCUGGAUCCAGUUUUGUCAUUAGAGGCAUACCGGUAGGUAGCCUCCGUGGUUAGAAACACCCUUUACCAGUUGCAACUGGUGCAACUUGACUGGGAGAGCUUGACCACAGUAGUUCAGGUAUUGGUGACUUCAAGAUUGGAUUACUGCAAUGAAGACUAUUUGGAGCUUCCCUUGUGCUUCAUCUGCAGUUAGUGCAAAGUGCUACAGCAUUGUUGUGGACAGGAGUGAGACCCUGACAGCAUAUAACACCUCUGCUUAUAAAUCUGUACUGGUUACCUGUUGCUACUGGGCCAAGUUCAAGGUGUUACUAUUAGGAUUGCCUUAAUCUAUAUAUGCUCACUGAACCACUAUGAUAUGCAGAACUGGCAAUGUUAAAGGUGCCAUGUAAUGCCUGUUCCACACUUGUAAGAAAUUGAUAUUUUAGUGUGGGCGCACCUACAUUUGGAACUCUUUGCUUAGGGACAUCAGGUGCUUUUGCUAUACUCUUUUUGGCAUCUGCUUAAAACAUAUUUGUUUUAGGGAAGCCUAAUCAGACAUGUGGAAAUUUUAUCUUUUUAGCUAUUGUUGAUUUUAAUUCAUCUUUUGAAUGUUUUAUAUACUUGUUUGUAACUUUUUUUGCAAACAAAUUUAAUGUUUUUUGUGAACCUCUUGGAGGGUUUUUUAAAAUAAAAAAAUUAAGCAGUGUGUCUAUAGAUACAAUUUUCUGAAUAUUAAAGUAAUCGUCAGACAGUGUCUGACACUGAAAUGCAAUUCUCCUUCUGUUAUAUUCAUGCAGUUUUGCAAUUGUCUUGAAAUACAUCUUUAUUACCUUGGUAUAUCAGUGGCAGUAUUCUUCAGUCUUAGCAUACCCAAGACCGACCUUUAAUCCCAACCUGUAAUAUGAGACCCAGUUUACAUUAUUUAUUGCAUAUGUCUUUCUUUUUCUCUAGGAUGAUCAGGUGCAAAUGAGAAUAACAGGGCUCCUGCAACUUUAACAGCUGUGUAGAAGGGGGAGAUUUCAGUAGAUGUAACUUGCAGGGAUGAGAGAAGCUGCACUGCUGAAAUUAUCUCUGCUCUGCAGCUUGUUGGAGGUACAGGAAUGUGAUAACUCUUAUAUUUGUUAAACAACAAGAAAAAGGCAACAGUACAGGUGCCACUGAUACAAGCUGCUUUUGAUUCCCGAACCACCAAUCAUCUGUAGGAAUGAAAACAAUAGCUAUUAAUUUGAAUACCCUGCAUUUAGAAAUGAAAAACAGAAUAUUGCAAUGGGCCUUAACUUUUUAUAUAAAACCAAAUCCAAAUAUCUAUAGUCAACAGGCAGCUCUCUCUCUCUCUCUCUCUCUGUGUGUGUGUGUGUGUCUUUAAAGUUUCUGUGUGGUUAAGUUUCACCUUGUACUUGCAGGGUACAUGCUGCUUUCAAGUUUUUAACAAAAGAUAAGGUAUAUAGUUAAUAAAAAUGAUUUGACUUAACAAAAAAAGCUAAAGUCACACUGUCUUCAAAAAACAAGCUACAGUGCUUACUGUAACUGUCUUUUGGGGAAAAUGAAUCUAAAACAAGGGGAGGCAAUGUUAUUUCUAUGGGUUUUAUAUAAACCUCAAUGUCAUUUUCUUUGCUUUUUUGCAUGAUAAUUGCAGCCAAUUAUUUGUCAGCUGGUCAUUCUUGGGGAGAAGUCAUAAUGAUGUGUAUAUGGACUAUGGACUUCACUUUAAUUUACUCUUUGUUAUUCCAUUUACAUGGUCUUUGUCAGAGAUGUGAAAUUUCUGGAGAUUUUGAAUGAGUGAACAAACUUGUUAUUUUUUGUAGAAAAAAACUUUCUAUGUGGUAAUAUCAAACCCUCAUCUCUGUUUCUUAUAUCAAGGAUAUGAAAUUCAUUGUUCAUAAUUUAUGUAGUAGUUGCCAUGUAAAAUACUAAUUUGAAAUAUCUGGUUUGUUGUAUUUAUGGAAUAAAGCAGGCACCCCCAAACUUUGGCCCUCCAGAUGUUUUGGACUACAGUUCCCAUCAUCCCUGACUACUGGUCCUCUUAGCUAGGGAUCAUGGGAGUUGUAGGCCAAAACAUCUGGAGGGCCGUAGUUUGGGGGUGCCUGGAAUAAAGUAUACUUUUUUGGUGGUACAGUGCAAUCCAGUUUAACCCCUUUAAAUCCCAGUGGUUUCAAAGGGAUAUAAAAUCCUUUAAAUUUUGCAUGUAUAAAACAUUUGUUUUAUUUGAACACUUAAGUUACAAUAGACCUGCACAAGGAUGCCUGCUAACAGCCCUAAGCCUAUGUAUAUUUAUUCAGCAACAAGCCCUGCUUGGCCUGUAAUCUCUGCAAAUUUACAUGAGAGUAAGUCCUGUUGAGCAUGGUGGUAGUUACUUCGGAGCAAAAAUGCAUGUCUUUUGCCAGCUGGCAAAUAGGGAAAAAUAAAAUGUGCAAAUAGACACACUCAUUACUGUGGUAAACAAAAAGGAAGGUCACAUUUUUUUUGGCUCAGGACUGUUGAGCAGAAAUGGGGGGAAAAAAAUCCAAAGAGAAAAACAAAAAUGGAACAUCCACAUAAUGCAUUUAUGUAAUUGCAUUAUCCCCUCCUACAGCUAUGUACCUUCCAAGCUGGUAUAACAUGCAUCUAGUGAAGUGGACUUUAAUCCACAAACGUUUGUUAGUCUUUGAACUCUUUGAAAUUUCACUAUCAGUAAUGAUGAAAAAUGGCUCUCUCCUACAAAAGCUCAUGUCUUUGUUAUUCUUUUGUUUUAGCAGAGUAAUAAAACCACCCCUCUGAAAAUAGCUAUACUUUCAUUCUGAAAGAAAAAAAUAUUUGAGUGUUCUUUGUCCCCGCUGCCUCACACAGUUGGUCCAUAAGGAAAAAUGUGUGUUCUAACUUUUCUCAUCCCUGUCUUGUUUUUAGUAUCUUCCUCUACCAAUGCAGAUGAAAAGUUAAACCUAAAAUAUUAUGCAUAUAUUGAUAGCAACAGAUUGUCAUGAUUAGUUCUGGUGAUUACUGUCUUCCUGUGUAAAACAGGCUUCAACAUCUUCAGAUUGAUGGGGGACUUAUUGCGAGCCACUUGGGUCAACUUGGCCAUUUGGUUUAGUGUAUGGUUACCAAUUUUUUUUUCAAAGAAUCUAGGGACACCUUUUUGAUUUUUGAAAAGAGAAAAAAAGUUAUUUUUUAAAAUUAUUUUUUUAAAAAAUUAAGUAGUAUCUUCUCUUCUGUGGUCUCCUCUGUUACUCUCUUGGAGCGCUAGCCGCUGUGGAGUAGGCUUGGGUCGGGCCUGGGUUAUGUCAGCAAAGAAACAUUCCUUUUUGGCCACAAUUAUAUCAUCUGAAUCACAUCCAAUGGUUUCUUCUGGUUAUUGAAGGGUCUUCAAUCUAUGCCAAUAAUGUUCUCUACCAAAAGGUGAGCCAGUGUCCUUUCUUAGUUCUAUGCUGUGACUUGAACACAACAAUUCUGUUAAGGGUACUGGUUGCCUGAUAAUGUGAAGGGCACCCCACAUACCUUGACUCUUAUGGAUACUUUGUUAGGAACAAACAAUAGAUUGUGUAAUGCAGGCAUCCCCAAACUGCGGCCCUCCAGAUGUUUUGGCCUACAACUCCCAUGAUCCCUAGCUAACAGGACCAGUGGUCGGGGAAGAUGAGAAUUGUAGUCCAGAACAUCUGGAUGGCCGAAGUUUGGGGAUGCCUGGUGUAAUGUCUCCCUAGAGAGCAGGAUAGUGAUCUAUUAGUCCUUAAGAAGGUAGUGGUUUGUCACCUUCUCAAGAAGUCGUUAUUAUUUGUAUUUGGUUUUUAUGCAGGUUUGUGUCUCAUGCAGUACAGUUUAACUGUUUAUGUUUAUUAUGAAUAAUGUCUAGAUCAGUGGUUCCCAAAUAGCUAAGUACUGUGAAUGCCCUAUUUUUUAAAAGCCAAGCCAUGGCCCCCAUAUUUUUGAAAAUUGUGAAAUCUCUGUGGUAGUUUUUGUUAUAUAAAUGGUGCCACAGAUCCCCUUGGUGGGUUACAUGGACCACCAAUUGGGAACUACUGACCUAGAUAAUUUAAUGUAUAAGGCAUCUCAUAAACACAGUAAGUAAAAUAAUAAAUAUAUAAGUAUCCAGUGAUGAUUUAACUACUUUUAGACUUGUCUGCAUCUAGCUCCCCUUUUCCUGGAGAAGCAUUGGGAGUAUGUGAUUGCAGUAGGAGAUUAUCUUCAUCUUGAGUUUGAUGGGGCAAUGCAGGAGUGUUGAUAGUAGUCAAAUGCUCAGCAGCUUUUGGUGUUGCAGAUGCUGCUAAUUACGUUGUUUUGCAAUGGCUUCAGUUCUUAAAUGGGGUAAUGAGUCUUUUUCUCCAGUGGUUCAAAUCUUUUGUGUCUGUUAAAUGCAGAAUGUGGUUACUAGGGAUGUUACCUCAGCCCCCCUAGACAUUUUGUUGCUUAGUCCCAAGUGGAUUGGUGUUGGUUCUGAUUUUGUUUGACAUCCAUACGAAACUACUGGGUGAGAUAAUGUGCAGUUGGAAUGAUGCAUCAUCAACAGGCUGACAUCUAACACUAUAUUUUAGUCACUGAACACCUAGGUGUUUCUAUGUCUGUUCAGAAUCAGUGUCUGGAAGCAGUGCAUAGUGGGUCAGGUGGAGGAGGGUACAAGGUAUGAAAUUUAAACCAGAUAAGUCAGAGGUGGCGAUAGUGAUAGUAUGUCUUUGGAGGAGGUAGCUAUUCCUGUGAUGACUUAUGGGUUGUAAGUUUUCCAUGGGAGCAGCCUUGGACUCUGGCAGGAGUUUUGGAUCCGUGCAUACUUUUUAUAUACAGGCAAUUCCUUAUUUGUGCACAUUCAGCAUGUGUGUGACUGCUGACAGGUGUGCCGUUUUCAGCACUGCAAGGGUGCUUAUGCGUGUCCCACUGAUGUGCAUGGUGCCUCUAAACGCAACCCCUGCGUAAAUGGGAGGUUGCCUGUAUUUCCAAGCAAACAUAAAUAUUACUCUUACUCUAUUUCCCCUAUAGAGUGCAUGAUUUCUUAGUGGAAUUUAACGGCUCAUGCAAACUGAAGCCUAUGAGAGUUCUAAAAGAAGAUUUAGUCUUCAAAAACUAGUCAAAAUAAUUUGAUGUUGUUCCCACAAAUCUUAAUUACACUUACUGAGAGAACAGUUGUGUCUGAUGUGGAGGGACUCACCUUGGGCUUUGCAUGGCUUGGGGCAACCAGUAGCCAUAAAAGGCAUAGGAAUUGUAUCUCCUCUGCUUCAACUGAUCUUAUGUAGUGUAAACAGUAUGGAGCUUGAUAACUUCGGUUCUUUUCCCUUUGAGGGCAUUGCUCAGGAAAGGGGGAGAGGAAAAAAUAUUGUAUUGUAUGAUAUAUUGGCAAAAUUUGAUCACUCAGUCACACUUCAGAAAAAUCCAGGAUAUGGAUUAAUAAGUACUCUGAGUCCCAGCUGCAGGGAUCAUUCCUUGCUAAGACUCAGACUAACUGUAGAGGAAGAAAAAGGAAUACAGCAUGCUUUUCCAGCAGCAUAUGAAGUUGUCCCUCAGGCUAAGGAGUCCAAUAGGCUCUUCUAUUCAAAUCUUUACCUGCCUACUGAUAGUCUGAUCAUAUUCAAGUGCAGUGAUGCCUCGCAAUACGAAUUUAAUUCGUCUUGCGAAUUGCGGUUUCCCAUAGGAAUGCAUUGAAACUUCUUUUUUUGCCCAUAGGAAUGCAUUAAUUAAAUUUCAAUGCAUUCCUAUGGGAAACCGCGAUUUGCAAGACAAUUUUUUCGUGAAACGAAUUCGUCUUGUGAGUCACCAUUAGAUCGCAAGACGCAUUUGUCUUGCGAAAAAUUCGUCUUGGGGGGCAUUCGUCUUGCGAGGUAGCACUGUACCGUAUACUAAAAAAAGUCAGUCUGAGUUGAAUGGGGCUUACUCUAUGCAUAUCACAUGCUAAGAUUCCAGCAUAGAAGCCAUUAUCAAAUUAAACACUUAUGCAAUUAUUCCCACCUUCUUCAAGUUUCUUUCUGAGUAGCAUUUGGAAGCACAUGUUUUUAAAAUUGCUAUUUCCUCUUUAGGGGCAGAUUUUGCACAAUAAAGCAUAGCCAUAACUAUCUCCUCAGCUAAUUAUCCAUGCAAACUAUUAAGCAGUCCUUUAAAAAUUAAGCAUGCCUUCAAAGAAUCAUCCUUUGCUGCGUCAAUCUUCCUGGUCUUACAACUCCAGUCAGGCCAAAGAUAACUAGAGCUUCAUUAACAUGUGACCCCAAAAUUUUGGGUCCCCUCCAAACUGAUGCCAAAGUUUUGUGCCGCCAAUCCCACAUUUUGUGCUGCCCCCAAACUGAGUAAUUGACACUCAAACCAGGGGCCAAAAGUAUACCUUAAAAUACAUUACUGUAUGCUCAAAUUAGUGGCUGAGAACACAGUGAGGUAAUUUCCCCCACACUACAUUUCAGGCCACAUUUGCAUGGUGGUGGCGAUCACAUCAGAGAGGGGGCAGAUAUGUUUUCACCCAACAUGGGUGAUGAUUUGGGUUCCCUAGCUGUUGCAACUCCCUCAGAACUCACAUUAAGCUGUCAUCUGUGCAUGUGUGACAGCUGCUAGAGUAUUUCACAUUACUGCUUCCUUCUCAUUCAGUUUUCUGGCUGGAUUAAAGCUGGUUUGAGAUAAAACAUAUAAUCUGCAUUAUUUGCUAAUAAACAACAGGAUUGAUAUAGAUUGUGGCAAAUGUGUGAAUGCACCUUCAAAAACUAGCAGUUUGAAUGCACUGUAUUAUUAUAAUGUAAUAUAUACUAUCAAAAUUAUAAUGUUUUAGUUGUUUCUCUUUCAAAGUAAUGGAAAGUGACUUACAUUAAAAGAUGCAUGUGGAAAGAACAGUAAUGUGAACAUAUGCUAUGCUUCAGGAUUUGUGGCACCAGAAGGGAAGAAGUUUGAUUUUGCAAAGAUUCUACUUGGUUUACGAAGUUCCUGUAUCUCAAGCUUUCUGUGUUACCAGUUAACAUCACUGAGAAGAUUUACAUAUUUUGCUACUAGCCUUUUAAUCUUCCCAGGGAAUGCACCAUGACAUCAGCAGCAGUUGACAGUGGAGGCUCAGGUCUUGAGUUUGACAGCAAUGGAGUACAAAUUCAAGGCCAGGAGAACGAGCCAGUCUCUGAAUAUCCAGCAGUGAUUGUAGAGCCAGUACCAAGUGCCAGAGUCGAACAAGGAUAUGCAGCACAGAUCUUUGUUUAUGAUGAUGAAACUUACCUUCUUCAGGAUGUUGCCGAAGAACAGGAAAUCGAGACGGAAACUGUGAAAACAGUGGAAGCAUCUGUACAUGGCAGCAAUGUGCACUGUUCGGAUAAGACAAUUGAAGCAGCAGAGGCCUUGCUUCAUAUGGAAUCUCCAACCUGCUUAAGAGAUGCUAGAACUCCAGUGGAAGUUUUUGUCCCACCUUGUGUGUCAACUCCAGAGUUCAUUCAUGCUGCUAUGAGGCCAGAUGUCAUUACAGAAACAGUAGUGGAGGUAUCAACUGAGGAGUCUGAACCAAUGGAUACAUCUCCUAUUCCAACAUCUCCAGAAAUCCAUGAGCCAAUGAAAAAAAAGAAAGCUGGCCGUAAGCCAAAAACCCAAGUGCCACCAGCCAUUUCCAGUGCGUCUCCAGACCUGAGUAUAAAGAAGAAGCCAAGAGAAGGCAAAGGAAAUACAACCUACUUGUGGGAAUUCCUUCUAGAUCUUCUUCAGGACAAAAAUACUUGUCCUCGAUAUAUCAAGUGGACUCAGAGGGAGAAGGGCAUAUUUAAGCUUGUGGAUUCUAAAGCAGUCUCCAAACUAUGGGGAAAACACAAAAACAAGCCUGAUAUGAACUAUGAAACAAUGGGAAGGGCUCUGAGAUACUACUAUCAAAGAGGAAUUCUGGCAAAAGUUGAAGGACAAAGACUUGUAUAUCAGUUCAAGGAAAUGCCGAAAAACAUUGUGGUUAUUGAUGACAAAAGUGAAUGUGGCAGUGAAGAUUUAUCAAUCGCCACCGAUGAGAAGUCAUUGGAGCGAGUGUCACUUUCUGCAGAAAACCUUUUGAAAGCAGCAGCCUCUGCUCGUGCAGGAAAAAACGCUUCUCAGUUGAACUGCACAAGAGCAGAGAAGCCCAUUACCAGAGUGGUGAAUAUCUCCUCACCUGGGCAUGAAAUGACAUCUUGUUCCACAACCACCGUUCCAGCAACAACCGCUCCCAGAACUGUUCGUGUGGCCAUGCAAGUGCCUGUCGUAAUGACAUCUCUGGGACAGAAAAUAUCGACUGUUGCAAUGCAGUCAGUAAAUGCAGGGUCACCAUUGAUUACCAGCACAAGCCCAACUACAGCAGCAACCCCAAAGGUCGUAAUCCAGACAAUCCCUACAGUGAUGCCAGCAUCUGCUGAAAAUGGAGAGAAAAUCACAAUGCAGCCUACGAAAAUAAUUACCAUCCCUGCUACGCAGCUCGCGCAGUGCCAGUUGCAAACAAAAACUGGUUUGCCUGGGACAGGAAGCAUUAACAUAGUUGGAACGCCACUAGCCGUGAGAGCACUUACUCCUGUGUCCAUAGCCCAUGGGACACCCGUGAUGAGACUAUCUAUGCCGGCCCAGCAGGCAGGUAGCCAUACCUCUCCCAGAGUUAUUAGCGCAGUCAUAAAAGGUCCAGAGGUCAAAUCUGAAGCAAUGGCUUUAAAGCAGGAGCGGGAGGUUAAGACACUGCAGCUUGUUCAGGAAGAAAAGCCUGCAGAUGGAACCAAGACGGUUACACAUGUGGUUGUGGUCAGUACGCCAUCGGCUAUUGCCCUCCCUGUAACUGUGAAAACGGAGGGGAUGGUAACAUGCGAGAAAUGAAGAAAAGGCAGCUAUGGACAUGAAUUACAUAGACCAUUGUGGAAUUAAGUAAACUGACAUAUUUAGGGAGGCAGGGAAAUGGACACAAUCAAGAAGUUAACAAAACAAAACAAACUGAUUUUAAAAAUUGUUAAUAGUUAUGCAUAUGUUUGAAACUUACUGGAAAUGAAUUGAUGUCCCAUGUUUCAGUGGGAAUUGAACCACAUCCUCACACUGACACAAUUGCCUCUUGCAAAGUGGGAAACUGCUUAAGCUGAUAAAGAAGGCAAAAUUCAGGGGUCGAGUGGGGCUCGAGGCUCACUGCAUUAUCAAAGUUACACUAAGGCAUGGAACACUAAGCUGGUUUUGUGAAGGGUUCCUGGUUUAUGUCUCUCUGGGAAGGGCGGCGGGAAAGUCUCACUGUUACAUGACAAAUCUGAUUCAUUGUAAUAUGCAUACCAGCAAUUAUUACUGUGUCUUCACAGAAUUCAUCUGGUGCUAUGUGAAUAACUCUGCUACUAGGUAUUUUAGAAUGUGAAUUAAAGGAGAGGAUUAAAAAGCUUCUAAAAGAAGAUGAAGAUCUAGAGGGAUUUUUGUAUCAUACAGCUUAAGCAGAUUUAAAACGAAAGCCUUAGACUGAUUUUCAGUUCUCUUUCUUGAAAUAAGCUAAUGGCUUGUUUGUGUAAAGCAUUUUUUAUUAAAACAAUUUUUUAAAGAUCUUAUACCUAGCACAGUAUUGUUAUAGGAUUACAUGUAACAUAUUUUGUAUGGUAGUUAAGUCUGUCAGUUUCUUAAUUGUGGACAAAGUGGCCAUAGGGUUGUGAUGGCUUUUUGCUGCCGCAGGCCUGGGUCACCCACUUAGCCUCGACAUCUGUGCAUACAUUUCAAUUUCAGCUUCUACUCUGUCACUUGAAAGGUCACGCUUGGCAUGAACUCUUGUCAGGUAGUUAAAAGAGCCUGUACAUUUUUUUAGUUAAAGUUAGAGGGAAGUACCAGUGUUCAGAAUGAACUAUAAUAGUUUGUAUAUUCAACAUUUAAAGUAUAUUCUAUUUUGUUGUACUCUUGUUUCAAAGUGUAUUCAAGUAGGUUUUACUGAAAUACAAACAUGAAAUUUAAGUUUAGUCUCUUUUUUUAAAAGUCUCUGGUGUUCACCCAGAUAACACAGUACAGCAGUUUCAUUCUUCCAUUAUUCUGAAAGUAUAAAUUCAUAAUUUGAAGAAGUGUCAAGAAAUGGAGGAGCUUAGCUUAUUGUGCUAUGAAAAAUGUAGCAAGAGAUAACAGCUUCCACAGUGUCUUGCUUCUGAGAUGUGCAUUGUGGCCUGUGUGUUUACUGGCUUGGUUUUGUAUUAGUAGGGAUAAUGUGGAGAUGGAGGGAACAGUUAGCCCAAAACAUUUACCGGUAAGUGCGAAAGGAGGGAAGAAAAAUGGGUGGGUUGGAGGCAGAUUGGAACAGAAUCAGUAUAGCCGUAAUAGCCAGUUCAUAACGUGAGCAGGCGGAAUCAGUGGAAAACUACGGCAGAAUAAUUUUAAACGUAAUGGGCAACUAUGUAAAGAUACCAAGGACCAUUUGAGGUGGUUUCUGGUGUUUCCCAUUCUUCUGUGUGUUUUUCCAGCAACACUUGACCACACAAGCAGCAUUUUUUAUAACCUGUGAAGGGAAAUUGUUUUGGGAGUACAAUGCAUUUUUGUUGAAAGUACCUAUGUACCAUAGCAGACAUGUCCAACCCAUCGAUCCUGAUCGAUCAGUCAAUCAUGGGCUUGAUCUGGGUCGAUCAUGGGCCCAAGGCAGCCGGAGCACAGCACGCUCCUCAAUAGCCAGAAAGACAUACAAGUUUCCUUGUUUUCUUCUCAGCCCUCUUCCUUGUAAGUCUUCUGGCAGGGACUAUUUACAAUACUUUAGUGGCUUUUCAGCAGUUGCGUAGACAUGGACAAUCCUACUUUUAACAGGGAAAAUAAUUUAAUCUAGUUUUCUUGCUUUUGCAAAUUUAAUUGAAGGCAUUCAACAAUCCAUGGUUCGGAACUACACAGACAAGCUUGAGCUAAGCGGAGAAUUCCCUUCCCUUGAAACUAAGCAAUACAUUAGGGCAGUAUCUUUACUAAUGGAGUCUCCCUCGAAGGAUUUCCCCUUUUUUGUAAGUAACUCAAUGUUAACAGUAGUUCAUGUCUUGAUUUUUUUUUACUGCUGGGCAAAGAGAACACACAUCAUAACAAUUAUUUGACACCAUUGCUAGAGUCAGUUCAGCAAAAUCCCAAAUAGCAGAUUUUAAUUUGCUGUUUUAAAAUCAAAUGCACACAGGCCAAGACCCAUUCUUUUCUGGCUAACAGCCUUAUGCAGAUGUUAAAGGUAAAGGUAAAGGGACCCCUGACCAUUAGGUCCAGUCGUGACCGACUCUGGGGUUGCGCGCUCAUCUCGCAUUAUUGGCCGAGGGAACCGGCGUAUAGCUUCCAGGUCAUGUGGCCAGCAUGACAAAGCCGCUUCUGGCAAACCAGAGCAGCACAUGGAAACGCCGUUUACCUUCCCGCUGUAGCGGUUCCUAUUUAUCUACUUGCAUUUUGACGUGCUUUCGAACUGCUAGGUUGGCAGGAUGCAGAUGUUAGGCAGCAUCAAACCUGCUUAUGAGAUGUAUAUCUUAUUUUUAAAGUACCUCUUAAACAUGUGUGGUCUUUCCAGUGUCUUCACAAGCCAAUUCUCCAAGUCAACACCUGAAUUUAUUCACGAUAGUGGUUUCGUUCUUCUACGAACCUCGUGGGUGGCUCUGAAAAGAGCCUUUGGGUCUGGAUAUUUGGUCGCCUUGGGCAGUUAGCACUAUGAAUUACAUGAAUUACCAUACUUGGAAGUCAACAUGUCAACCCUGAAGUUGUUACUACUGGCUGUGUAAUGGGCUAAUGAUUUUGUGUUAGCUGUAGUGGUUUGUUAACAAAAUCCAAAGGUGAUUCCACCCCUUGGUGGAAAGGGCACCUGCUAGUUCAAAAUUGGGGUCUUGCGUGGGUAGCAGGGAUCCCCAAACAAAAUCUGUUUCCUGCCUUCCAACAGUAAAAGUACUUUCCACACAGGCAAAGCCACCCCUGGACGCAGUCCAAAAUCUUCAACUGUAAUUGGCUCAACUGUCCAUCUGUGUCACAGGGCCUCUGGUCACCAUUCCGACUCCUGCACUAAUUCUAAGGGUUGCUAUGCAACGUUGACAAAGUUACUCUGGACACAGACGGAGGAUAGAAAGUACAAAAAGGAAGUUGUUCAAGAGAAUGAGGGGAAAGUAAGAGACAGGCACCUGAAAGGGGGAAAAAGGGGAACCUGGCAUUGAACAUGGGUGGGAAAAGACCUUGGGUUGGGCAGACGAGCCACAGUCCUUCAUGCAUGGAGAAGAGAGGACAUCUCAUUUCCUGCCUACUUUUGAGGGCUGCCUUCCCACUUGGUAACCUGGCAUUAAGAGGAAACAGGUUUGCCCCUGUUCACAUUCCCUCCCAUAAGAUAAGACCUUCAGGGUUGCAAAAGGGAUUAAGGUUUACAGCUGCUAUUGUGGCUUUGCCAGCUUUGGUGAUUGUGGGUUGACAGCAGAUUCUCUUUCUUGCUGCCCAUAAUGUUCUGCAAAGAAACCUCUUCCCAAACAACUUCGCUGUGAGGCAGAGAGGAAAUUGGCACGUUCUCCCCUGAAUAGGGCAGCUUCAACACAGCAAAGGUUGCAAGCUCAAUAGCGCUUCCAAGGUUGAUCAGUCUUUCCUCAAUUUACUCAGGAAUGAGACAUCAUCCAGUGCAAGUUCAGGAAUAUUUUAAUUAGCUAACACCAGUGCUAUAGUCCUUUACAUGUUCAAAAUGUAACGGGUCCUAAACUACCAAAGUUUGGUCAUUCAGCACAUCUUUAAUUGCAAUAUUGAAAAAACACCCCAUUGUGUGUGAUACCCUUUUGGCCCACUUCGUUCAAAUACAGAAUAACCAUGCUACACUGAGGGAACUGCUCUAGCAAAGGUCUUCAAAUAAAGAACUUCAUUUGUUACAGAAUCAGUCCUCCAAACCAGGGGACGGCAAAAACAUAAAGCAUGCCUCAAAUUUAAGUAGCUACGGUAUGUUUUUUUGUUUUUUUGUUUGUUUUUUCUUCUACUAUCACAGCAAGGUGUUUAAUGACAAAAGUGUCUUUCGACAAGAAAGUUGAAAAUAAAACCAUUAGUUCUCCGUUCAUAAAUAACCCCCCCCAAAA